AUGCGUGCAAUGCUUCGCUUCCAUGCUGUAGCUGCAUUCUUGGCAGCGGCGGUAGUUGCAACAGCCCAUGCGAGUGCUGCAUUUCCCAAGAUCUGCACUCUCCGACCAUUGGGCGCUGGAAGGGACGACACCGAUCAGGUAGAAGCCGCUAUCGCAAGAUGUGGUCACUUUGGGACGACCAUCUUUGAACCCGGCGAAUACAAUAUCACCAGGAAAAUGACGUGGGAUUUGGCUUACUCACGGGUCGAUUUGCACGGCUACUUGAGCUUUCAACCGGAUAUUGAGUACUGGCUGAACGCGAACAACACGUACCGCGUCAUCUUCAUCCAGAACCAGGCAUCUUGGUUCGUCAUCACGGGGCACGACUUCGUGAUCGACGCGCACUCGAAAGGCGGUAUCAACGGAAACGGACAGCCCUGGUGGUCGUACUUUGCGACUCGCACGCGCAAGGACGGCGAUGGGCGUCCGGUUGCCUUCACACUUAGCAAAGUAACUCGUGGUGUCGUCAAGGACUUCCGGAUCGAGGCUCAACCCUUUUGGUGCAACGCCGUCGCGGAUUCGCGUGAAGUCAUCUACGACGGAAUGUACUGCAACGCAACCAAUCAGGACGCUGCAUUUGCGGGACAAAAUAUAGUGCCGAAUACAGAUGGCAUCAAUACGUACCGUUCGGACAAGAUUACACUGCUCCACUGGGAUAUUACUUGCGGAGAUGACUGUCUAGCAAUCAAAGGGAACUCAACAAACAUCGUUGCCAAAGACAUCACCUGUCGCGGAGGGAACGGCAUCGCAUUCGGAUCCCUGGGCCAAUACGUGCAAUUUAACGACAUCGUCGAUCACGUCCUAUUGGAGGAUCUCAAGCUGCUUCGCCUAGACCCACAAGUCCAGCCUAACUUGGUCUCUGGAGUAUACUUGAAGUCGUGGACGGGAACAGUACACGGGUCUCCUCCGACUGGAGGAGGUGGCGGCGGCGGUUUUGUGUCGAAUGUGGUCACGAAGAACGUAUUGCUUGACCGGGUCUCGCGACCCAUUCAUCUUUAUCAGACAAACGGCGGACAUUCGAGUGACGCACCAUCCAAGUUGCAAUUCAGCAACCUGACCUUCCUCGAGUGGACCGGGACAUCGCAAGGCAGCCUUCUCGUGGACAUUGAAUGUAGCCCUGCUGCCCCGUGCCCUAACAUGCGCUUCAAGGACGUGAAUAUCACCGUGGUGAAUGGCACCACGCCCACCUAUAAGUGCGUGAAUGUCGUCAGCGAGACCGGACUGCCAGGUAAGUAA